AUGACGGCAGAAUCAGCAUGGCACGGCCAGCUCAGCGUGCUUUACGUGAUGACGUCGGGUUGUGUUUUGACGUUCAGUGUCUCUGCUGCGCCGUCAACCUGAGUGGUAGGACAAGUGUUGUUGACCCACGUAACACAGACUCGUCUUCAUCAUGGCACUGAGAAGCGCUGUGGGUCGUCUCCUGGUCAACCCUCACAGAUCAUUAACCUUCCUCUCGGCUUCCAGAGCACACGGCACUGCGGCACCGGCCAGAUGGGAUGCAGAGAAGACUGAGCAGAAGUCUAAAGCACCGAAGGUCCAGUUCGACUGGCGCGAUGCCCUGGACCUGGAGGGCCAGCUGACGGAGGACGAGAUCAUGAUUAGAGACUCUUUCCGCACCUACUGCCAAGAGAAGCUCAUGCCUCGCAUCAUUAUGGCAAACAGAAACGAAGUCUUCCACAGAGAAAUAGUGUCAGAGAUGGGAGAGAUGGGGGUCUUAGGCCCAACCAUUAAAGGUUAUGGCUGCGCUGGCACCAGCUACGUGGCCUACGGUUUGAUCGCCAGAGAAGUAGAGCGAGUGGACAGCGGCUAUCGCUCAGUCAUGAGCGUGCAGUCAUCCCUGGUCAUGCACCCCAUUAACGCCUACGGCACCGAGGAGCAGAAACAGAAGUACCUCCCCAAGCUGGCUCGCGGAGAGACUCUGGGCUGCUUCGGCUUGACCGAGCCGAACCACGGCAGCGACCCAGGCAGCAUGGAAACCAGAGCCAAGUACAACCCAUCCAGUCGCACCUACACUCUCACUGGCUCAAAGACCUGGAUCACCAACUCCCCCGUGGCAGACAUCGCUGUAGUCUGGGCCAAAUGUGACGACGGAAAGAUCCGCGGCUUCAUCUUGGAGCGUGGCAUGAAGGGCCUCUCGACGCCGAAGAUCGAGGGGAAGUUCUCCCUGAGAGCCUCGGCCACGGGCAUGAUCGUCAUGGACGAGGUGGAGGUUCCCGAGGAGAACCUGCUGCCUAAAGUCUCCGGCCUCGGGGGUCCUUUUGGCUGCCUGAACAACGCUCGUUACGGUAUCGCCUGGGGCGCUCUCGGUGCUGCCGAGUUCUGUUUCCAUGCAGCUCGACAGUACACACUCGACAGAAUCCAGUUUGGCGUGCCGCUGGCAAGGAAUCAGCUGAUGCAGAAGAAGAUGGCGGACAUGCUGACUGAGAUCACCAUCGGCCUACAGUCCUGUCUGCAGCUGGGAAGACUAAUCGAUGCCAAAAAAGCGGCCCCGGACAUGAUCUCCAUGCUGAAGAGGAACAGCUGCGGUAAAGCCCUGGACAUCGCCAGGCAGGCCAGAGACAUGCUGGGAGGAAACGGCAUCGCCGACGAGUACCACAUCAUUCGCCACGUCAUGAACCUGGAGGCCGUCAACACGUACGAAGGUACCCACGAUAUCCACGCUCUGAUCCUGGGCCGAGCCAUCACAGGACUGCAGGCCUUCACUGUGGACAAAUAGACCCCAACAACACAAACCUGCUCUCAGAAAUACUGAGUCACGAGUCAACGCUGCUGCAGUUUGAAGAUUGAAGAUUUGAAGAAUAAAUUCUCAUCUGUAUAGUGACGUUGUUUGUUACCAAUCAGCUUUCUAGAACACAUAUAUAUAUAUAUAUAUAUAUAUAUAUCCGAGUGCUUUAUUGUGAGAGAAAGAAGCAAGUGUCUGAACUUGGUGACUUUUGCAAAGUGUAAUUAAUUCAGAAGUUGAUUUUUCAACUUAAAAAGGGCUAUUUUUGAUACUCUUACUCAGAAAUUUCUUCUCAGAGUUGUAUAGAAAAAGUCAAAUCCAUUGUUGAUACUGUUAUUAUGAAACAUAAAACAGCAUAAAUGCACUACACUUGUUUUGGGAUUGCAUGUGAA